AUGAGCGGCGUCGAUGACCCCAAUGGCGCGGUCCGCGACCUGGUGUUUGGCAUGACGGCCGGCAUGAUGGCAAAGCUUUUUGAACACCCUUUUGAUCUUGUCAAGGUCCGCUUGCAGUCGCAGCCCACCGAUCGGCCACUGUCAUUCGCGGGGCCACUGGACUGCUUCCAGCAGACGUACCGCAAAGAGGGUGUCCGUGGUCUCUACCGCGGCCUAUCUGCUCCGGUUUUUGGCGCGGCGUGUGAGAAUGCCACUCUGUUCUUCGUGUACAACAGGUGUCAGGCCGGUAUUGUGGCUCUUCGUCCACCAGAAGACCGGGCCCGUGCGCUCACCAUCCCGGAACUGGCGCUUGCUGGUGGCGGUGCCGGUGCCGUCACCUCGUUUGUCCUCACUCCUAUCGAACUCAUCAAGUGCCGUAUGCAGGUGCAGAUGCUUGCCGGUGAGGGUGUUGCGUCCUCGGCUGGCCCUAUCGUGAUCAAGACGGCCCUCGAGGCCCCCGCAUCCCCAUCCUCCACCAUUGUCCUCCCCGCCCAGCUCUCUCAGCCUCUACCCAAGCCUAAGGGCCCCUUUGCCCUCGUUGCCGACACGGUGCGGUCUCAGGGCAUCCGCGGCUUAUGGCUGGGCCAAACUGGCACCUUCCUCCGUGAGAGUGGUGGUGGUGCUGCAUGGUUUGGCACCUACGAGCUGCUGGCGCGCUACUUUGUGUCGCGGCACCAGGCCAAGGCCGAACCAGGUCACAAGUCGACCAAGUCUGACCUGGCCACUUGGCAGCUUAUGGUGUCGGGUGCCGCCGCCGGCGUAGGAUACAAUGUCUCGCUCUUCCCCGCCGACAGCGUGAAGAGCACUAUUCAGACCUUCUCCGAGCUCAACCCAGGAAAGCCGGUACCGAGCUUUGCACAGACGGCAGCCAUGAUCUGGCGUACGCGCGGUAUCCGUGGCCUGUACGCUGGGUGCGCGCUCACCUGUCUCCGCUCGGGACCUAGCUCAGCCAUGAUCUUUGGUUUGUUCGAGACGUUUACAACCCACUUUUCGUGGAUCUUUGCACCUCGCAAACCCCCCACUGCCACAGUGCUGGCGUGA